UGCUAUUCUGGGUUAUGUUUAAGAAAUGAGAUUAAUUCGGGACUUUGUUAUUAGAGUUGUCAGAAGGCAUUUGUCAAGGCAUCAUGAUAGGGGCUUUCCCUUCCAGCCGGGUUUCUGUGUACAGCAUACCAGCUCCAUAUGACUCUGAGCAGACUGCAAGGCAGGAAAGUCCGUGUACUCGCUACUGCCCAUCCUACCUAGAAGGCUUGUAUCAGAAGUACUGUUUUUUCAACUGGAUAAGGCUGUGUUCCUGGAAGAGAUGGCUUCUAGGAAUAUUACCUAUAAGUUCUUUAAUAGUGACGGUAAUCGUGCUAGUCCUGCACUAUUCCUUCUCUCCAGCUUUUUCUUUUAUUUAUAUUGGUGGAAGUGUAGAAAUUCCAAAUCUGACUUAUACAAAUGAUCUCAAUGAUCCAAAGUCACAGAAGUUCCUCCUGCAAGCAGAAGCAAUCCAAAAUUAUUUUGCAGAAACAUAUGAGUCUUCCUCCUUGGGAAAGUACUACUGGAAGUCUGUAGUGGUUGCUUUCAGUGAAGGAGAGUCUGGACUGCGAGCUUACUACUGGAAUACCUUCUGGGCACCACAAAAUGUGGUUACUGCUCUUAAAAAAAUAACCCCAGUGGAACAAAAAGAAAUCAGUAGUAAACAAGCAGCUCACGUGUUCAGUUCUUCUGGGGAGGAAGAUUUUGAUCUCGUUACAAUGGAGCUUUUUGUUUCAGAUUCCACAGAAUAUGAUACGAUGCUAAAAUCAGCAGUAUCCUUUGACCUGUAUGCCAAGCCAGGUAACAACAGGACUCUAACUCUGAUGAAUCCCAAAAAGUCUUUUUAUCAAUGGAGGCUGCGAGUUCCUUCUAACUAUGUGGUGAGACUGGUAGUUAUCACUUGGCAUGGUGUCACUCCAGAGAGCUGUGCAUCGCACCACUUGUCAGCAUAUGAUUUCCUUCUUCCUCUGCAGAACAAGAUCAUUACAAGAUGGUGUGGACCUGGGGCCUGGACUCCUGUUGUACGUUUAACUUCGUCAAGUAAUGUAAUGUUGCUUACUUUCUCACUGGACAGAAGAGAAGAAAGCAACAUAUUAAAAGCUCACUUUCAAGCAAUUCCUAAAAUCAUGUGUGGUGGUCAUUAUAUUUCCUGGAACGGGACACUGAGUUCUCCUUAUUACCCAAGUUACUACCCACCAAACAUCGACUGCAGCUGGAUCAUCAGAGCACCAUUGCCUGGUUACAAGCUCUCAUUAAAGAUCCUUGUAAUACAAAUUCAAGAGAAGUCUCCAGGGUCCAGUAAAUGUGAUAAAGACUGGUUAGAAAUUGAUGGGGUUAGAUACUGUAAAGCUCUUUCAGAAAACAACAGAAACAGGGAAUAUGGCUAUUCUGUCACGAUCAACUUCCAUUCUGAUGAAUUGGUCACACACAGAGGGUUCUAUAUUGAAUACAAAGCCUUCAGUCACACAGACCGUUGUAAUCCAGAACGGUUGAACUGUGGUGAUGGGAACUGUAAGAAUCAGUAUAAGACUUGUAAAGAUGAUGACAGCUGUGGGGAGGACAGUGAUGAAAACAACUGCUCCUACAAAAGUUGCUCCCCUUAUGCAUACAAAUGUCUCAAUGGAAAAUGCUUGCUGAAACCAAAUCCUGAGUGUGAUGGGAAAAGAGACUGUGCAGAUGGAUCUGAUGAAAUGAACUGUGCCUGUGGAAGACACCAGCUUAAGAAAACCAGAAUUGUUGGAGGUGAAGAUGCAAGAUCUGGAAAGUGGCCCUGGCAAGUGAGCUUACAGAUGGGACCGCAUGGCCACGUAUGUGGUGCAACUGUUAUUUCCAAUCGGUGGCUCAUAUCUGCUGCCCAUUGCUUCCUGGAUUCUGAUUCCGUGAGAUACUCCGAUCCUUCGGGAUGGAGAGCAUAUAUGGGCUUACAUACUAUUAAUGAAAAGAGCAAUCGUGUAGCUAUGAGAUCAAUCAAAAGGAUUAUUGUCCACCCACAGUAUGACCAUUCUGUCUCAGACUAUGACAUUGCACUGUUGGAAAUGGAGACGCCUGUAUUCUUCAGUGAGCUGGUACAGCCCAUUUGUUUACCCAGCACCUCUAGAGUAUUUGUUUAUGGAACUGUCUGCUAUGUAACUGGCUGGGGAGCCAUAAGAGAAAAUAGCCAUCUUGCCAAAACAUUGCAGGAAGCUCGAGUGAGAAUAAUUAACCAAAGUGUCUGCAACAAGCUGUAUGAUGAUCUGAUCACAUCACGUAUGCUGUGUGCUGGGAAUCUUAAUGGUGGUGUUGAUGCAUGCCAGGGAGAUUCCGGAGGUCCCUUGGCCUGCACAGGAAAGGGAAAUAGGUGGUACCUUGCUGGCAUUGUGAGCUGGGGUGAAGGAUGUGCUCGGCGCAAUCGUCCCGGUGUAUACACUAAGGUGACAGUACUUUAUGACUGGAUUCGUCAGAAUACAAAUUGAUGUGCCAAGGAGAAAAGAUCAUCUCCCUUAUGAAAUCUGCUUCCUACAGUGGUCUAUCAUGUCCAUCUCUGAUGACAUAACCUGAAAAUGCCAAUGACUGUUCUUUUGUGAAAGAAUGCAUUUUCUUGAUGGAGAAACUAUCACUUGUUAUCCAUGUGGCAGUAACUGCUCAGAUUCAGAGAUACUUCAGAUUCCUUAUGAAUUCAUCUUCCUUAUCCUAAGUAGCAGGAACAGCACUGCCUUAAAAACAAAAUAAAAUGGAUUAGAACCUGCAGCAAAAAUCCAGCCAAAUCUCUCUUUUGCAAAUUUUCUCCCCUGCUUCCCUCUCCGUUGCUAGCUACAUAUCUAUAUAUGUUUCCACAUACACAUAUCUGGAUAUUCAUGGGCACAUCCUGUAUGUACUCAACUCAUAUAUAUUAUGUUAGUGGUGUUACUGGAUUCUACCCAUAAAUGAUUGUGUGUCUUGAAAAUACAAAUACUGUAAUCCGUAUAGUGUACAAAGCUGAGAUUAAUUCAUUCUCUAGUUACGCUGCUGUUACACAACUGUUCCUUUUUGGGCUGUAACCUGUAUUUUCCUAAAAAUAUCAGAUAAAUAGUUCACAAAUGCUAGGAUGCAAGAAAUUUUCAUUAAAGAACUGGAAGAGUAUAAUUUAGAUUCUUUGGGAUGAUGUUUAAAUAAGAGGAAAGAAAUACUUUUAAUUAUUGAAAAACAAACUUUGCUAUUUUCUUAUAUUCUUUUUAAAAUUUGAACAUAGUUGUAGGGUCUCAUUACAAGUGUAUUCCCCCAGCUCUGUCUGUGGGAUGCUUUGUGAAUUUUAGUGUGCUCCUGGUGGGUUCACACUUCUUUUCCUGUUGUCCUUGUCCUUUAAUGUAUAAAAGAAUAAUGAAGCUGGCAGUUUGAAUACUAGUCAUUGCUGUCUACCACAGCACACACAUUCUACAAUACAUACGUAUGUGAUCUUGUUUAGUUGUAGACACACCUUUGCAGCAUGUGGGGAAAACACAGGAAUGAGCUAGCACUGUGAUCUUCACACACUGAGAUUCCUGCAGCUAGCUCUGAUAGUGCUUUUCCUUCCUUUCUUGUGCUAGUAUUGGACAUUCCCCCUCCCUGAUGCUUGUGUAAAAUUUACUACAUAAUCUAUACCCUAUAUUUUAGGGAAGUUAUUAUCUUUAAAGGCUAGUCAUUUGUUCACAUCUUCCUUUUUAAUAAACACACGCUGAAAAUGCAAGUGGCUAUGUUUUAUUUGUUUUAUUGUGCCUCGGAAACUAUAAUUCCCAGGUGCAAUCAGAACUGCACGUGUACCUUGGAAUUUUUUGAAAAGCUGAGCCUAACUUGGCCAUUUUACUAAAGCAUAUUUUUAAGGGCACAAGCUUCUUUUCCUUAUAUGGAAACCAGAGAUGUCUUCACUGUGUUAGAAAGCAGUUUUCCUGUUGUUCUCUUUUGGCUAAAAGCCUGGGCCAGAAAGUUCAGAUCAGUCAUUGACUUCCCAUUUUAUUUAAGAGUUUCUCAUCUCUACGUCAGAAGGGUCAGUUGCUUCACAUGCAAGAAAGGCACCAAGCGUGAAAGCUGUAUCAACCAGACUAAAGAAACUCAACAAUUCGUUGUUAAGCUCCUUCCUCAGAUGUAAAUAAAAGGACUUUGCCCUUUCCAGGGUGAGGUCCAUAAUCAUUAACUCAUUUGGCUUAGGAAAAAUGGUUUGGUUUCAGGCAGGAAGGUAAGGUCUCUUGCUGUGAGUGAAAAGGAAAUAAAUGAAGUUCAUCUCCAGCAGGAGUGCGAAGAACCAUCAGUAAAAGGUUUUUUUAGUGAAGAUGUCCCAGGUAAAAUCUUGUGGAUCCAGACAGACGUUUUGUUCUUCAUGACUGCUCAGCUUCGUCCUCAUUCCUCUGGAGUUUUAAGGAUUCUCCAGAACCAAAAGGCGACAGCAGCAGUGAGAGCAGUCCGGUUCCUUUCAAAAUUGCCUCAGCGAAUGACAACGUUGCUGAAGGUUUAGUCACCUGCUUGUCAAGGGCUGGUACAGUAAGGUGGACAAACUGGAAAACCUAGUAUUGCACA